CAAACAACAGUGUUGAAGAACUGAAUCUAUUCGUCGCUAAUUUUCUUUACGAAAAUCAGGAAUAUUAUUAUGUGCUUUUAUAGUAGACCUAUUGCAUAGACUGAUCCACAGUCUGUCGAAGACAUUUAUUUUUCCAUCUUUCUUUUUGAUGAUCUUUCUCGGACUGUUUUUUCUUCAGUUGCUUCUCUUUUCGAUCUUUAGAUUAAAGAAGUGAAAACUAAUGGCAUGCUUUCGUUUCAUGAUGUUCUGAAGCUUUCUGAAGUGACCCUCAAAACAACCAGACAGCCUAAAUUACCAUGUGCAGGAUAAACGUUUUGAAAAUAUGAUUUAUAAAUCGGUUUUAUGCGCUUUGUGCUUAUGGCUUGCACGUGGUGUGUUUGGUGUUGGUGCAGAUGAAGUGAAGUCAGUCUCAGUGAUGGAGGGAGAUUCUGUCACUCUACACACUGAUCUCACUCACAUACAGACAGAUAUACAGAUACUCUGGACUUUUAAACUAAACACUCGUUUGGCCGAAAUCAUUAAAAGGGAACAGAUGAACACUUUGUCUGUUAGUAAGGAUGUGAUAUUCAGAGAUCAUCUACAGAUGAACAAUCAGACUGGAUCUCUCACCAUCACAGACAUCAAAACUGAACACACUGGACUUUAUCAACUACAGAUCAUCAGUGACAAGAUCUCAUUCACAAGUUUUACUGUUAUUGUCCAUGCUCGUCUUCCUGUUCCUGUCAUCAUCAGAAACUCUUCACAAUGUUCGUCAUCAUCAGAAAGAUCUUCAGUGUCAAAAUGUGUGUUGUUGUGUUCAGUAAUGAAUGUGACACAUGUGAGUCUCUCCUGGUACAAAGGAAACAGUUUAUUGUCCAACAUCAGUGUGUCUGAUCUCAACAUCAGACUCUCUCUACCUCUGGAGGUGGAAUAUCAGGAUACAAACACAUACAGAUGUGUGGUGUCCAAUCCAGUCAGCAACCAGACUCAACAUCUAGACAUCACUCAUGUCUGUCAGCCAUGUUCAGCACUCACAAUGAUGCCACACUGGGUGGGAAUCACAGUUUUUUUUGUAUUGCUGGUUAUGGCGACUGCAGCUGUGGGUGUUUUGUGGUUUCUCUACUACAGGAAAACUUGACUCUUGGGCAAGUAUUGUGUUUUUAAUUGUAUUAGUUUGUUAUCAGAGUCUUUCAUGUGGUGUGAAAACUGUGAUUAUUAUUGAAAACACUUCAGACUCCUGAUGAGGAAGAGAUUCAUUAUGCAGAUACAACUUGUAAUGCACGCCAUAAUGAGAUUUCGGUAAGAGUUUGUGUUGCUGUGUGUGUCUGUAUCUUGCUAUUUGUGCCCCUUUGGUUUCUGUCAAAGAUUUGGUCUGUACAAACAAAAAAAAAUUUGUAAGUGGUGAUCCAUCAGGCGUCAAGCUGUCUUAAAAAUCACUGCAUGCUUGCGAUACAUUUGUGUUGUAUAGGGCUAAAUAAAUACCUCAGACAGCUGCGACUGAACUUAAACCACACACACACACAUAACCGAAUUUGUGACUGAAUACAAGUAAAUUUGUACAAAGUGACAUUUUCGUCUCUUGGCUUUAGUCUGAAUGUGUAAUGUCUGUACAGGUCUACAAAGGCAAAACAUUGUAACAACGAACACAAUUUUUAUUUUCACACACUGAUUCGUAGCAAAGCUUACCCAAACCAAUGUAAUGACUCGGCAAUUACAGUGAACUUGUUUUUUUCUCAUGUGUCUUAUCUCGUGUGUUUUUACAGAAAGUUGAUGACCACACCGUGUACGUGUACUCAAGUGUUGCUUUGAGUUGACAUCAUCCUCAUAUCAUCUUCAUUAUGAACCAGACAUUUAUGUUGAUAUAACACAUAUUCAGUCAUAAUAGAAAUAAUCCCAAAAUACAUUGCUUCAGAAAGUAUUAUGAAGAUAAAUGACACUGGAACUCUUUAGAAAUUGUUUUCAUUGGUACUAGAUCUCCAUAUUAGUAUUAUACUGUGUCUGUGACAUUGUGCUAGUGCAUCUGUUCGCAUUUCACAGAAAAUGUAAGUGAAUCUUCAUACAAUAGAUUUUAGAUCACAUGACUUAUAUUACUGGAGACAUGCAUAAGACUAUGUUUUUUUCUAUGGACCAUGUGUUUCUACCUCAUUUGGUGGGUGAAAGUGCCCUUACAUGCUCAUGUGAACCGCCUGACUGCUUCACAGUGGAAAGAAUAUUGUUGUGAGAAUGUUUCACAGAACUAUGUAACUGCUGAUGUUCCUCUUUUUAUUGUCAUUGUACAGGUAGAAGACUUUGUGGUGUGUUUAGUGACAACCACAGAAUAAGGACCAUAUUCCACAAUGGCAAGUUUGUGGACAUUUUUAUAGGAAUAAGGAUUGGACGGUUUUUCAUUACUCCAAUACUUCCUUCUGCUUUAAGUUUUGUAAGGCCUGCCAUGUCAGAAACUUGGACCAUUUAUGCCAAAAACUAAAGUUUAUCCAUCUGAGAAUGAAACACAGGUAACCUACACACAAGGUGGCUUUCCAGGAGAGAUCUUUGAGAACUGUUGGGAUUUACAGCAGCACCACUUGUAGCAUCACAUAGUUAAACUGAUGACGUAAAGUGAAAUAACCGAGCACAAACAAGAAUUUCCUGCACUGAGAAAAAUAACUUGUAGAAUUUAUUUGAUUAAAUCCUCUUAACAAUUUGCAACGACCUUUGAGCUGUGGGUCAUGACCGAAAGGACAAGAUCCCGGAUACAGGCGGCCGAAAUGAGCUUUCUCCGCAGGGUGGCUGGACGAUCCCUUAGAGAUAGGGUGAGAAGCUCGGUCACUCGGGAGGAGCUCAGAGUAGAUCCGCUGCUCGUCCACAUCGAGAGGGGCCAGCUGAGGUGGCUUGGGCAUCUUUUCCGGAUGCCCCCUGGACGCCUUCCCGGGAAGGUGUUCCGGGCAUGUCCCACCGGGAGGAGACCCCGGGGAAGACCUAGGACACGCUGGAGGGACUAUGUCUCCCGGCUGGCCUGGGAACGCCUCGGUGUCCCCCCGGAAGAGCUGGAGGAAGUGUCUAGGGAGAGGGAAGUCUGGGCAUCCCUGCUUAGACUGCUGCCCCCGUGAUCCGGCCCCGGAUAAGCGGAAGAAGAUGGAUGGAUGGAACAAUUUGCAUGAAUUGUUUUGCGCUUUACAUUAAUUCUGUAUGCACUAUGGUUCUUUUACUACUUUUGCUUUAGUUUUUUAUUGUCUUGGAUAUUUUUUGCUAAAUAUGUGAUUUUCGUUUCUAUUCUAUGCAGUCGUACUUCGGUACUUGCUAAGUAUUUUUUUUCUA